GGCCCGCCCCCUUCCCGCCAGACUCAAAAAUGGCCGCCGCCCUCAGGCGCCGUUUGGUGUAGUUACAAAAGUGGUUUGUUGUCUUGCCGCUCCGGUUGCUCGCUGUGGGGCCAUGGAUGGUCCCCAGGUGGGGAGCGCCCUGCAGCCGGCCCUGCACCUGCCCUUUUUGCCGCGACACCUCUACCGAGCGGCGUCUUCCAAUGAGCGCAGGUUAAACUUCUGGAGGAGCAAGGAGUUGUGUUUGAAUUACAUCCAGGAUGCGCUGCUGCAGAAGCAGUGGAAGAGAGCUGCGGAGUUCCUGACCUCCUACAUCGAGUCACUGGAGAAAGACUUCUCUACAGAAUACAUGGGGCCGUCAGAGGUGAUUUGGAGAAUAGGAACAGAAAUUCUGUGUAAUCAUUCCCCCAGGAACAUAAGAGAAUUCAACUCUUUCAUAGAACAGAUGAAAACUUUAGGAGUAAAAAGGUAUUUGAAGGUUUGUUUAGAGCACGCCUUUCACCUCCUUUGUAAUGGACGGAUAGACGAAGCCUACCAAAACCUGUUGCUGGCAGAGAGUUGGAGGUUUGGAGAACGAACAGUUGCUCAGGAUAAAGAAAUGAAGCUGAUUCAGGCUUACAGAGGACUGCUGGACUACUAUACCUGGUCCAAUCAGAAGAACAUACUGUUAGAAUAUGAGAAGGAUGGAGUUGAAGACUUGUCUGUUGAACAGGAAAUGCACGGCUCCUUUCGGAAGGCAGCAGUGAACUUAAAGGAGAUCAUUAAAGUACCUGGAGUCUGGGAUCUCUUUGUGAAACCCUAUGUGGAUCUGUUGGAAUUCUAUGGAGACCACCAAGAAGCUCGUGAAGUAUUAACGGAUUAUGCUUACAACUCAAAGUUUCCUGCAAAUCCCAAUGCUCAUGUUUACCUCUAUCAGUUCUUAAAGAGACAUGGUGCACCAAAGAAAUCACUGAUAUCUGCACUCAAGAUCUUGCAUGAUAUUGUUCCCUGUCAUGAACUAAUGAUACAUUUUAAUACUAUGCUUCAAAAAUCAAAGAAACGAAAAAGACGUCGACUGGGGCUAGAAGUUAUCUUUGCAGUCUUGGAUUAUGCUGGCUGGAAGAAAAAUGUAAAAGCAUGGAGUUGCUUGGCAAGACAGGUGAAACAAAUUGUAAUUUCUGAGAAGCAUCUUGACUGGAUUAAGCAGGAGUGGAGCUCCAGGAAGGACUGGUGGCCAGCCUUCCAUUUUAGCCGCUACUUAGCAAAGAGCAAUUGGCAGGAAAAUGAAAGCCUUUCGUAUGAAAAAGCUCUGGUGGCUGGAGUUCUUCUAGGAAAGGGCAAUGUCCUAGGGCACCCUCAAUGUCUGGAUUAUGGGCCACCUUUCCAGCCUCCUUUCCACCUGGAGUUCUGCUCUGCCUAUGAAAACUUUGGCUGCUGUGACCGGGAGAGAGACAAUAGCAUUGCAGCAAAAUACCAUGAGAUCCUGGAUUAUAUUGAUCCUCGGGGGCAUAAGCUGUGUGGAACAUAUAUCAAAGAUAUUCUCUGUCAGGAAUGUUCUCCGUAUGCUGCACAUCUCUAUGAUGCUGAAAACCCCAGGACGCCUCUCAGAAAGCUUCCAGGACUUUGUUUCGACUACUGCUCUGAGUUUCAUUUCAGUUGCCGCUCUGCCAUCAGCUUGCUCACCAGUGAUAAGCACAUUCAAGAAUGCUGUGAGACCAAUAAGACUCGCUUCUGCAACCUCCUUCGCCUGCAUGACGAGGACUAUUGCUUCCCCAACGUGCUGAGGAACACGGCCCUCAACCGCAACCUGGGCUCAGUGGUGGAGGACCGCAGGGGCUGCCUCCAGCUCUGCCUUACCGAGGUUGCCAAUGGCCUGAGGAACCCGGUCCUCAUGCUGCAUGCCAACGACCAGACCCACCGUAUGUUUGUAGCUGAGCAGGUGGGCAUCAUCUGGGUCUACCUACCUGAUGGCAGCCGGCUGGAGGAGCCAUUUUUGGAUAUUAAAAGUAUCGUGCUGGCAACGCCGUGGAUAGGGGAUGAAAGAGGCUUUUUGGGGAUGGCUUUCCACCCCAACUACAAGAACAAUGGGAAAUUUUACAUCUAUUAUUCAUAUAUGGAUAAGAAGCAAGUGGAAAAGAUCAGAAUCAGUGAAUUGAAGGUUUUGGCCUCUGAUGCCAACAGAGCAGAUCCACACUCAGAAAGGAAUCUUUUGGAACUUGAAGAACCAGCUGCAAAUCAUAAUGGUGGGCAACUGCUCUUUGGUGUGGAUGGCUAUCUGUAUCUAUUCAUAGGGGAUGGAGGGAAAGCUGGAGACCCUUUUGGGAAAUUUGGGAAUGCUCAGAACAAGAGUGUUUUGCUGGGGAAAGUCUUGAGGAUUGAUGUGGAUGGAAGAGGUCCUGAUGGCAAGCCAUAUCGCAUCCCUCCUGAUAACCCUUUUGUGUCUGAUCUCAAGGCUCGCCCUGAGGUUUAUGCUUAUGGGGUCAGGAAUAUGUGGCGCUGUGCGGUUGACCGGGGGGAUCCUGUCACAAAAAAGGGAAGAGGGAGGAUAUUCUGUGGAGACGUUGGACAGAACAGGUUUGAAGAAGUGGACAUAAUUGUUAAAGGAGGAAACUAUGGCUGGAGAGCAAAAGAGGGAUUUGAAUGCUAUGACACAAAGCUUUGCCAUAAUUCCUCCUUGGAUGAUAUUCUUCCAAUAUUUGCUUAUGGCCGCAAUGUGGGCAAGUCUGUCACUGGAGGUUAUGUGUACAGAGGAUGUGAAUCGCCCAACCUGAAUGGCCUCUAUAUCUUCGGUGAUUUCAUGAAUGGUCGACUUAUGGCUUUACGGGAAGAUGAGAAGACAAACAGGUGGAAGAAGCAAGAUAUCUGCAUUGGCAGCACAAAAGCUUGUGCUUUCCCUGGGAUGAUCAGAUCUUACAGUAAAUUCAUCAUCUCAUUUGCUGAGGAUGAAGCAGGUGAGCUGUAUUUUAUGUCCACUUCUUAUCCCAGUGCCUAUGCGCCACAUGGAUCUCUUUACAAGUUUGUUGAUCCUGCAAGGCGAGCUCCACCAGGGAAAUGUAAAUACAAGCCCGUAACAGUGAAAACAAAGAGCAAACGGAUCGCAUUUGUUCCACGUGCAAAGACUGUCCUUGAGUUCCUUAAUGAACCUUCACCAACCAAGCCCCCCAAAAGGUCUUCCAGCCCCCCUGGAGCUACCCCAACAGCUUCUUCUAAGAAAUCUAAAAAGAUGGCAUCCUCCAAGACAAAAGCAUCGACAGUGAAACCAGCUCUGUCCAAUAAAAAGACACUGAAAACCAAGGCUGAUGGUGAACACAAGGCAAAGCAGAAACAGCAGAAGGUUGCAAGGGUCCCCAGAACAACACCAGCACCAUCUCUGCCGAAAAGGAAGAGCUCCCAGCUAACUGAAGCCAAGAAGCUUCUGCCAAAGAAAGCUGCACAAGCUAAGGGAGAAGUGGGAAGGAGAAGGAAGGAGAGUAGAUGAAGCAGCAGCUUUUGAACCUCACGGCAAUCCCUCAAACAAGCAAGUUACAUGUAAGGUGGUGGAACAAAUGCUCUGAAUCCACUCUUUCCUUUGGUUCCUCACUGUUGCUCUCCUUCCUUUCUGUCAGUGUUAGCGGUCUGUAUGUGUUCUAUUAAACCUUAAUGGCAUUAAACCUUAA